CAAAGAGGGAAACAAUAACAUUUUCAGAGACAAAGAACAUCCAGAGACAGAAGACUACCUGAAACCAGAAAGAACACUAGAUCAUGGAUAUCUAUUUGUGGAAAGUUGUGUGUGCUGUAUAUAUACUACUCUUUAAUGCAAGAGGCACACUGUCCCAGUUAAAUGUGUGUGGUCAGGCUUCACUUAACACAAAGAUUGUGGGUGGUGAAAAUGCUGUUGCCGGGUCCUGGCCUUGGCAGGUCAGCUUUCAGGCAGGUGGCAGCCAUUUCUGUGGUGGCAGCUUGAUCAAUCAGAACUGGGUCUUAUCUGCUGCUCAUUGUUUCCAAAGCAUUACAGCACCAAGAAUAACAGUUCUUCUUGGAAUGGCAAGUCUGGAGGGGACUAAUCCUUAUAUGCAGAAAACAAAUGCUACUAACAUUAUCAUCCACCAACAGUAUGACCAAACAACCAAUGACAAUGACAUUGCACUAGUCCAACUCUCCUCUUCAUUGAAUUUCAAUGAUUAUGUAAGGCCAGUGUGCCUUGCAGCAUCCAACAGUACUUUGCCUGGUGGUACAAAUGUCUGGGUCACAGGAUGGGGUAGAAUUACUGUUAACAUGAGUCUGCCAUCCCCUCAAACCCUGCAGGAAAUGCAGAUACCGAUUAUAAGUAACACUGACUGUGCAAAAUCAUAUGGAUCUGCUUCUAUAACAAACAAUAUGAUGUGUGCUGGUUUGCCUCAGGGUGGGAAAGACGCAUGCCAAGGUGAUUCUGGAAGUCCACUGGUGGUUAAGUUCAACACCACCUGGAUUCAGGCUGGGAUUGUGAGCUUUGGCUAUAGCUGCGCUCUACCUAAUUUCCCCGGUGUGUACACCAGAGUGUCUCAGUACCAGGGUUGGAUUGACAGCAAGAUCAACAGCAGUCAACCUGGAUUUAUUAAAUUCUCAAAUGGCAAUUGUGUCUCCCCCAAUGUUUUCUGUCUGACUCUCUCUCUCUCUCUGUCAUUCCUUUCUUCCUCUUUCUUUGCAACUUGUAGUAAUGCCAGUCAAAUUGAAAAUCUAAUACAUUUAGAGGCAGGACACAGAACACUACCUAACACCAGCAUCAUGGAGAAUUGGUUGUGGAAAGUCAUGUAUGUGGUAUGUGUUCUGCUCUUUAAAGCUACAGGCUCACUUUCCCAGCUGGAUGUUUGUGGUAAGCCUUCCUCAAACAACAGGAUUGUAGGUGGUGUAAAUGCUCUUAAUACAUCAUGGCCUUGGCAGGUCAGUUUUCAAGAAAAUAACAACCAUUUUUGUGGUGGCACCCUGAUCACUCAGAACUGGGUCUUAUCGGCUGCUCACUGUUUAAUAAGGAGAAAUGCAUCUGAUAUCACAGUCUACCUAGGAAUACACAGUUUGGAGGUGACUACCUCUAAUACACAGAGCAGAAACAUUAUUUCCAUUAUCACCCACCCAGAAUACAAUCCUAGCACUAGUUACAAUGAUAUUGCACUAGUCAAACUCAACUCUUCAGUGAGCUUCACAGAUUAUGUCAGGCCGGUGUGCCUUGCAGCAAUCAAUAGUUCUUUUCCUAGAGGUUCUACAGCCUGGGUCACAGGAUGGGGUAGAAUUGCUUCUGACAUGAAUCUGCAGUCUCCUAAAACCCUGCAGGAGGUGAAGGUGUUGAUUCUCAGUAACCAACAAUGUGGAACCCCAACUGAAAAAAGUAUCUGUGCAGGUUUACCCCAAGGGGGAAGUGAUGCAUGCAUGGGUGAUUCUGGAGGUCCACUGGUGUCAAAGCUAAACACAACCUGGGUUCAGGCUGGGAUUGUGAGCUAUGGAUAUAACUGUGCUUUACCCGCUUUCCCCGGUGUGUACACCAGAGUGUCUAACUACCAAGAGUGGAUAAGCAAACAGAUCAGCAGCAGUCAACCAGGAUUUGUGUUAGUCUCAUCUGGCACCUCCAUUAACCUCUUCUGUCUGUUCUUUUCUUUUUACAUCAUCCCUUUUUUAGUCUCCCUCUCAAUUUUCUACACCUGGUUUCCGGAGGAACGAUCAUUAUCCCAGCUAAAUGUAUGUGGUCAGCCUCCCUUGAACAACAGGAUUGUGGGUGGUGGAAAUGCUGUGCCUGGGGCUUGGCCUUGGCAGGUCAGCCUUCAGAUAGGAAACCAACAUUUCUGUGGCGGCAGCCUGAUCAAUGAGAUCUGGGUCUUAACUGCUGCUCACUGUUUCAAAAGCACUUUGCUUUAUGAGGUUACAGUCAAGAUAGGAAUGGGAAAUUUGCAGGGGAAAAACCCUAAUAUGCAACAAAGGAAAGUUGUUAAAACAAUAAGGCACCCAAACUACAACUCAAGAAAUAAUAAUAAUGACAUUGCACUACUCCUGCUCUCUGCUCCAGUGACUUUUAACAACUAUAUCAUGCCGGCCUGCCUGGCAGGAAUCAAGAGUGAAUUUCCAUCUAGAACUAAAGUUUGGGUCACAGGAUGGGGUAAUGUUAACUCUGAAGUGCCGCUGCCGCUUCCUGAAACCCUGCAGGAGGUGCAGGUGCCAAUUGUCAGCAACCGUGACUGUGCAAAAACUUACGGUGAUCUCAUCACAGACAAUAUGAUGUGUGCUGGCCUCACUGAGGGGGGCAAGGACUCAUGCCAGGGUGAUUCUGGAGGUCCACUAGUAUUCAAGCAAAACACAACCUGGAUUCAGGGUGGGAUUGUAAACUUUGGCUAUGGCUGUGCUUUACCUAAUUACCCCGGUGUGUACACUAAAGUGUCUCAGUACCAAAACUGGAUAAAGAGCGAGAUCACUACCAAAACACCUGGAUUUGUUGAUGUCUCAAAUGGCAAUCGUGGCUCCCUCAACCUCUUCUGUCUGUUCUUUUCUUCCUCUCUCAUCCUCUUUUUCUCCUAUCUCUCUAUCUUCUAGUAUUUCACUUAUUCUAAUAAGUAAACAAAAUUAAAAGUGUUUAAUUAAA